AUGGCAUCUCCAGGACUCGAGGGCGACCGUCGCGCACGGGAAUUGUAUCAUUACUUCCAGCCCGACAAUCCAGCCCUGCUUCCGACUGACCAGUGCGCUACCCGAUCUUUGGACAAAGUCAGCCCUAACCUGGUGUUGACGGCGCUGAGCCAACUUGCUGCGAUAAAGUUGGGGGCUCAACGGGCGAUCAUCAGUUUGAUAGACAGGGAAACGCUGUACGUUGCAGCUGAAGCAUCUCAAUCAUUGAAUCUAGGCAGAAAUGAUGUCUACGACGAUGAUGGUGAUGGUCUCUGGAUGGGCUGCGGGCAUGGCCCUGUCGCAGGGACCUUGUGCGAGGAACAGGACCAGGAGCGUAAAUUAGCAAAUAUUCGGGCAAUGUCAGAACCGGAACACGGGGCAUUGCAUGCAGCCCCAGCUCCGCAGAUAGAGCUACACUUUGCUCGUCGAAUGUUGCAGCGUUACCGACGUGGUGGUCUUUGGUAUUUUCAUCAAGAUGGAACGGCUCUCUCAUCCGAAGAAGAUACAACCAGUGCGGAGAGUCCAAGAGACGCUCUUGAUCCAUCUCAGCCGUUACUUUCCGCGCACCCACAGUCAACUGGCUCGCUACGCGAGAAAGAUUUACAGGCUCUGAGACAAUAUUUCCCGAAGGCAACGAGAAUUAUUUUCGUUCCGCUGUGGGACUCACUCAAUUCUCGAUGGUUUGGCGGCUGCUUUGGCUGGAGCUGCCUCGAGAACCGCGUCUUCAGUGCCCAUGUUGAGCUUGGUGGACUUUUCGGAUUAGGCUCAUCCUUGAUGGUCGAGUAUAGUCGCAUUCAAAGCCAGGAGUCUAACAAGCAAAAAGACGAUUUCAUCAGUACCAUCUCACACGAGCUUCGCAGUCCACUGCAUGGAAUUUUAGCGGCCAAUGAAUUCCUUGCUGAAUAUGUCGAGUCCGAAUUCGCCAAGAGAUUACUUGAUACUAUUCGCGCUUGUGGUCAAACUCUGCUUGAUACGUUCGAGCAGAUUCUAGACUUCACCAAAAUCAACUCUUUUGAAAGCAAGCGAUCUCGGUACGGCCCAGACUCUCACCGUCUCCAGGCUGGAGGCAAAGAGAAUCUCAAAUUACAGCCAUUGCGUAUUCUAAAGUUGGUCGACGUCGUCGCAAUUAUCGAAGACGUCAUAGAGAGUGUCUACUCGGGGCAUAUCUUGUCAAAUUCAUUGAUGAAUAGCAGCAGGGAACCUGGAAAAUGGUCCCUGGGAUCAACAGCAUACCGCGAUGGGACAGCAGAUGCUCCCAGCAAGGCGAAAAUCGAUGUUUCAAUUGACGCCACACCUCGGGAUUGGGAGUUCGUGCUAGAGUCAGGAGCACUACGGCGCAUUGUUAUGAAUGUCGUUGGAAAUGCGUUGAAAUAUACACAAGAAGGGUCCGUUUCUGUUCGCAUCGAGAUACAGAGAAAGGUUAAGGGAAUCCACCGCCAGAUAUUAUCUGAUAGCGUUGGUUCCCCGGUACUUGUUCUAACAGUCUCCGACACGGGAAGAGGCAUAUCAGACGAAUAUCUUCGUUCCAAAAUCUUCACACCAUUUUCCCAAGAAGAUACCCUAUCGCCUGGCACAGGGCUGGGUCUUGCCCUCGUUCGCGACAUUCUUCGAUCACUAGGUGGCAAUAUCUCAAUGAAAAGUAAACUUGGGACUGGGACAACCGUCAAGAUGACCUUCCCCCUCACAGAACCCCAGCCGCACGAGCUAGUCGAAGCCCACUCCUCGAUAUCUGACCCAUCGCCUCGUCCAUCAGAUUUGAUCAAACGAGUAAGGACAGAUCUUGAAGGGAAGGCUCUGCAUUUCAUCACUCCUCGAGGUUCAUUAUCCAACAUGCCUCCUUCAAACCAUAUGGUCCGGCAUUAUCUAACAGAGUGGUUUGGAAUGAACAUAGUGAAUAGGGAAUCUACCAGAUCAGCUGACAUAGUAGUCGUUGACGAGAAUCACUUGGAUCUUGUCGACAUGACACAACUGGAAUCUCUUCUGCUUGUUCUGUAUCAUCGAGCAUCUCGCGCACGGUCAGAAAUGGUUACAGCGAACAAGCUACCAUCAAAUACUAUAUGGCUCAGUCUUCCUUGUGGCCCUCAUCAACUAGCCCGGACCCUGCUGAACUCUGACAAAAACAUUUCGUCAAUCCCAAAUCUCGGGUUGAAUGAGAUUUCGCAUUCUGCGCUCGCAGCACGUCUCAAAUCUAGUCAGAUCCCAAGGCAGAUGGUACCGCCCGCUGAAGAGAUGAAGAGGCUCGAUCUGGCGAAGGUCACAGUGCGUCCUGUGCCAGACCUUGAAACCGACACCAGAAAAGCCGAAGAACUUCAAACCUUGACACUCACUCCGACACACAGUCUGCCAUCCACAAAAACUGCUCACGCGGCUAAGAUUGAACACGGUAUCACCCACACGCAUAUAUUCCCAAAGAACGAGAUUGAUCAUGGAAUCAAAAUUCUCUUGGUGGAUGACAAUGCAAUCAAUCUUGCCCUUCUCGAAAAAUACAUUUCCCGAACAAAGCCCCGGCUUUUAAACACGGCUAUUAACGGCGACGAAGCCAUUCAAGCAGUGCAAGAAAUGACAAGCGGAUAUCAAUACAUUUUCAUGGGUAAGUUCCGUCUAUAUUCAAUGAGAAGUCACUCCUACAUUUUGCUGACCUAG